AAAAAACCACCGAGCAUCUUGUUAUUUGACAACACUAUGCAAAGAAGAUUGUUCAAUGAGUUAGAAAAGGUGCUAAAUGAGAAACAGAAUCAAUCAAAGGAACUGCAAAUCUGAACGUAACUUUUGCAGAAGUGGAAAGCAUUUCCACACGACAGAUUGUGAUUUCUUUGUGUUUGUCUGGAUGAUUAUGAUUUGUGCAGCUGCCCAGUUUACAUAACAAGCAAAGAAAGAUCAACAGUGGUGGAACAUGGCGGCUCUGACCUGCAACUUAUGUGGGCAAGAACUGGCAGUGCCACCACAUAGUCGAGUAAUCCGCUGCAGAAAAUGCAACACUGUCAUUUCCCUCGGGGAUGGACAACAACAAGAGAUGGCGGUCCAAGAACAGGGAAGCUCCGCGAGUUUUGGGAGGAGGAGAUUUCUGCAGGUAUUUAACAGGUUUUCAUGGGGUAACUCUCCUCAAUCCCCUUCUCUAAGCUCCAGUCUUAACCAGUCAGUGGCGGGCUUACAGCCCCCGCGAAGUGGGAAACGAGCCCUUCUCUGUGGAGUGACUUACAAGAAUAACAGGUUCAAGGUGAGGGGAAGUCUGCAGGAUGUGAAGAGCAUGCAGGAAUUACUCCUUCAGCAUUUCAGCUUUCAACAAUCCUCCAUUCUGGUUCUUGCAGAAGAAAAGCCAUAUAUACCUCCAACCAGGAAGAACAUCAUAGAAGCUCUCAAAUGGCUGAUGAAAAACCUGCAGCCUGGAGACUCCUUGGUCUUCUACUUCUCUGGACAUGGCUUUAGACAACCCAACUUUGCUGGGGACGAGCUCGAUGGAUUUGAUGAAACCAUCUGUCCUCUUGACUUCAGGACUGAAGGCAUGAUUCUCGAUAAUGCCAUUAAUGACAUCAUUGUUAAGCCGCUAGCUCCAGGAAUCAAACUUCACGCUAUUGUGGAUGCAUGUCACAGCGGGACUGUUCUUGAUUUGCCACGCCUCUACAAACGCAAAGAGAAGAAGUGGACCGAUAACAAACCUCCAUCUGGUGCUUGCAAGAGCACUAAUGGUGGGAUGGCAAUCUGUUUGAGUGCUUGUCAGGAUUAUGAACUUGCUGCAGAUACCAAUGCUUUUUCUUCUGGAAAAGACACGACAGGGGCAAUGACCUACACAUUGAUCAAGGCAAUCAAGGAAAAACCAAACAUAACAUAUGCUGGCUUGCUCGAUUAUAUGCACGAGGCAAUUGAAGCAGUAAACAGAACCAGAAACCGCGUGCUGAAAGUUUUCCAACCCAAGAUGGAGCAGGAGCCUGCAUUAUCAUCUUCUGAAGAUUUUAACAUCAACCAGAAGCUGAGCCUCUAGUUCUUUACACUCUCUGCAACACAAACAUGAAUUUGGAUGAUAUCAUGUAUUAAAUUCCAUCCCCAUAACCCAGUAAAAACAGUUUUAGAUUAACAACUACUGUACAUUGUAUCCUCAGCAUCUUUCUUGUUUGAAACAUUAUACUGUAUAUUUAGAAAAAAAAAAUUGUACUUCAAUGAAAUGUAUGACAGAAACA